CACUACCUCUAUUAGGAUUCAAAUAUGUCCUCUUCCGAAUCGAAAACAAUCUUAUUCUUUUGGCGGGAAAUUCAAAAUCGCACUUCCUUAUCACCCAAGGAAUCCUACGUCUAUUAGGAUUUCCAAAUCUUUUUUCCAUAUAUGAAACACUCUAUAAAACCCCCAAUCAGACCCAAAAGUUUCAGUUUUCGAAAACAAAUAUCAUCAUCAAUUUCAUACCGAUUUGAUUUCACGAAGAACAUUUGCAAAUGGGUAGAAGAAAUCGAGCACGUCCGAGAAGAGAACCUUUGAUUCGACAAGUUUGGGCUUCGAAUUUCGAUUCCGAAAUCUCCAAAUUUGAUGAAUGCCUUCGAUUACACUCAAUUCUGUCUAUCGACACAGAAUUUCCUGGUUUUAUCAGAAAAUCUCCACGGGGUUCGAUUGAAGAAGCCAUUUACGACGACUUCCGAUUCAAUGUCAACCAAACGAAACUGAUUCAAUUGGGUAUAACGGCUUGUGAUGAUUCUGGUCAUAUCGGCGGCACAUGGGAGUUCAAUUUCUCUGAUUUCGACUCGGAAGCCGACGCUCAAGGCACUUCUUCUGUUUCGUUUCUAGAACAGAACGGCAUCGAUUUCAAAAAACUGAAGAAAGAUGGAAUGCCCAUCAGAUUAUUCGCUGCAAAUUUCCUACCUAUCAUCCGAAAGCAUAACGUUUUUAGAUGGGUCACCUUCCAUGGACUCUACGAUAUUGGGUAUCUGAUCAAAGCGAUGGGUUUGAUCACCGUCUUGCCAGAAUCAAUGGAGGAAUUCGCGACAGUGGUGGUGAAUGGGCUGGGAAUU